UCAUGGUAAGAUAAUGAGUUCUAUUUUUCUAGGCUAGAGGACCUAAGAAACACAUGAAAAGAAUUACAGCACCAAAAAGUUGGAUGCUUUCAAAAUUAGGAGGAAAUUGGACAACAAGACCCUCAUAAGGACCUCAUAAAUUGAGAGAAUCAAUUCCAUUGUCUAUUAUAUUGCAACAUAAAUUGAAAUAUGCUCUUUAUGCUAGAGAUGUCUAAAUGAUUCUUGCUGAUAAGGAUGGCAAUAUUAAAGUUGAUGGAAAAGUAAGAUCUGACUUUGGAUAUCCAGUUGGAUUAAUGGGUAUUAAUUAAUAUAUAAUUUGUAAUCAGAUGUCAUUACAAUUGACAAGACAAGAGAGAGUUUUAGAGUAUUGUAUGAUGUUUCAGGAAAAUUCAUUUUAAAAUCCAUUAAACCAGAUGAAGCUAAAUUUAAGCUUGUUAAAGUAACUUAAAAGAAGGUUGGACCAAAUAAUGUUCCAUACAUUGUUACAAAUGAUGCCAGAACAAUUAGAUAUCCAAAUCCAGAAAUUCAUGUUAAUGACACUCUUAAAAUAGAUUUGGAAACAGGAAAGGUUGUUGAUUUUAUCAAAGAAGAACCAGGUAUUUGAAUGCAAUUAAUUAUAUUAGGAAAUGUGUGCUAUAUUAUUGGAGGAAACAAUAUUGGAAGAGUUGGACUUAUUCAACAUAGAGAAAGACAUCUUGGAUCAUUUGAUAUUGUUCAUGUCAAAGUAUUGAUAUAAAUGUAAAUAUUUAUUAGGAUUCAAAUGGAAAACACUUUUCAACAAGAAUUAACAACAUCUUCACUAUUGGUAAAGGAAAGAAACCUUUAAUUUCACUUCCAGAUGAUAAUGGUUUGUAUUUGACUGCUCUUGAAAAGAAAUAAGCCAAAGAACAUCAUGAAGAAUAAUAAAAAUAAUGAUA